GUAAACAUAGCCUGGUGCCUUGUCGGUAAUGGGACUAAAGCAGCAUUGAACACAGCUAGCUACAAAGACUGUACGUUUGAUGUCCUUAUUUUUGGCUUAAGUCUAAAUCAAACUUGCAGAUUUUCAUCUUUGCUAUUUACAAGGAAAGUUGCCGUUGGAGUUGCUAUCUGUAACAAUAUUUGUAGCAUUAAUUUGCCGCCUGAGACCAAUUCAUUGGGCUUGGAUUCUGUCGGCCUUGUCGCAGCCUGUUGGAAGAGUGGUUAUUUCUAUGGAAAUUUAUUUUGGCAAUCAAUGGCAGCAUAUAAAUGGAUUGUCGGCAGCAAUAUGUAAUUUCGAAGAAGAGCAAUCGUUUUAUGCUGAUGAGUGUUCGAAGUUAGGAAAGGAAAACCAACAUUUAAAUCGAUCAGGCGAAGGAAAUAGACCCUCGCUCUGUCUGAUCAACUCUAUGCAGUUGGGGGAUAGAUUAAUUGUCAACGAAAACUAUAUUAAAAUGGCACAAAAUAUGGCCAAUUUCCAGGCGGGGCUGCACAGCACCGAAUCAAGAUGGGGUGAAUUAAACAUGACGAGUGAUAUGGAGAAAAUGUGGUCGGACAAACGCGUCCCUGGAGCGAAAGUGAAAGAUGACCACACGACGAACUACCAGCGAACUCAUAGUCCCAAUGUUGACAUUAAAACAAACCACGAGCAGCUAGAUAAUAGAAACAUAAACGAUCGAAGUUUGGAAAGAACAUCGCGACGAGAAGAAAUGGUUCCAAAUCUCGAUUAUUUCAUGCACAGUGGAUAUCCAUAUCCUAAUUUUAAUCUGCAUACAAGACGGGAUAGCCCACCUGAUCUAAUGGCUGCCGAACGAGCCAAGCAAGCUUUUGCACGUGCAAACGAAGGGUAUUUACCUGGGGCUACACGUAACAUGCCUCCAGAUUUAAGUAAAUUUACGCAGGAACAGCGCGAAGCUAUCUUUAAGUCUCAAAAUUUGGGAAUUUCUGUUACCAUAUCACCCCCAGAACUCACGGAAAGACCUGGUAUGUUACCACCUGGAAGUAGGGGUGGGAUGCAAAAUAAAGGCUUGAGUCCACAAUCAGAGAUGCAGCACCACAAUGAACUUCAAAUUGGUGGCAAUGUACCGUUUAUGGGAAUGGAAGAGAAACUGUUGAGAAUAGCUGAAUCGAAUAGUAUGCAGCCCGUUGCAAGGCCAGACCUGGCUGCACAAAACGCCGCUAUUUAUGCCGGUAUGGUUCGGAUGCCCCCUUCGUCACAAGUUCAAAAUUUUCAGAACAUGAACAUACACCAACAAAACAGUUUGCGAUUCAAUUCAGAGUUUAUGCGUCAGGCGGCAGGAUUUCCGUUUGGCAUGGAUCCACGUUUGUUUGAACAUAAUAGAGUUUUUCCUUUGUCUGCUUCAAGGGGUGAACAUCCUUCGCCAGGGGAGACAAAUUCUCAAAAUGUUCCAGACGUCAACAAUGACCCGGCGUUGAAGAAAGGUCUGCAUGGCCACUCGAGACCAAUAGCAUUAGGCCCAAAUUUCGUACCUCAGAGUCACAUGCCUUUGACUAUUGGCCAAGGGACACCUAGUUCCGAAGAUGUAGGAGGCGCAAGUCCGGCGGGCAGCAGCCCAUAUGCAGAUCUGGGAACGCCGAGCCCGAAGGCGGAUGAGAAUGCGCGAAUGGGGACGAAGCAAAAAGCAAAAUCAAGAGGCGAAGGUAGCAAUCAAUGUGGUCAAUGUGGAAAAGGAUUUAGCAGCUCUAGUGCCUUAGCAAAACACAAGCUGAUACACAGUGAUGAGCGACGCUACGUCUGCCAAAUAUGCUCUAAAGGAUUCAAGCGUCAGGAUCAUUUAAAUGGUCAUAUGAUAACUCAUCGAGACAAGAAACCUUACGAGUGCCAUUUCUCUGACUGUGACAAAAGUUACUCAGACAUGCGAUCUCUGAAGCGCCAUCUUGAAAAUCAUCACGGUGUACCUGUGUCGUCAUCUAGCUCACAUCACACCCCAAGUAAUUCAUCACAAUUGGUUUCCAUCGCAACAUCUUCAAACUUAGUGGAAGAUCGCAACAACAACAUGAAAGGUAUUGCACCACCCGAGAGACCUUCAAGUGCACCAAGCGCCACUCCGGAGGUCAGGACUCGUGCUAGAAUCAGAAGUAACAGUUGUGAAGAUAUUCCAAGCACACAGACGGAUCGGGAAGCUGUGACCGAAAAGGUUUCUGGGGUUGAUAUAAAAAAGGAGCUCGAAGAUGACGUUUUUAAAGAAUCAUAUUCAAAAAGCAACGAAUUCGAUACUUCAGCUAAAGAGUCUUUACCACCUGCCAAUGACAUGUCGAAUAUAUCUGGUAACCACGUGCAAGGGCAGGCUACCCACGACCCAAAUUUGACAAAUCUGCGGAAUCCUGCACUCCAACAAUGGGCAGGCAACCGUUUUGCUCGCCCAAACUUCCAAGGGCCGUGGAACGCUGCCCAGGCGCAGUGGAACAAUGCACAGUUGGUCGCUAGCAUGGGAAUGGCCCAGCAGCGCGCAAAUAUGCCAUUUGUAGUUGGGUACAGGCAGGCCUUUCAGCAGUUAUACCAGACAGGCUAUUAUCCAGGUGGGCCGAAUGAUCCGAAUGCGCAAAUGGAGCCAGUUAAUAAGAAAUCAAAACAGGAGUUGUUAGCUACGUCACAAAAUGCUUUUGCCCAGAAUGCCUUGCAGAUGUUUGCCAGUAUGGCAGCACAGAGAACCCCUAUUCCAACAGACGUUAUGCUACAGCAAGGCCAGAUGGGAUGUUUUUCUGAUAACCAAUCAGCACAGAACAAACCAACCAACCCGGCUGCUAUUGCAAUAGCCGCUGCAAAAGCUGGGUCAAUGUUUUGCGCUCCAGGUCAGGAUGUAAGGCUAUACGGGGCACAGCCGGGGGCUGCACAGUGGCAAGAUGUUAUAAAAGAAGAGCACGUGACAAACGAAUGCGACGCUACUCAGAAGAACUCGAAGACGAAUCUCGAUCAUGGAAAGAAUCGUUACAAGAGCAGCGAGGUCGAUGUCAAACCCGGUCCAUUUUUCGAGCAUUCUAAAGCAAGCGGUAUUGAUGAGUUACACAUUGCAGUGAACGAGGAGAGCACGAGUCAGGAGGGAGGCACAAGUCCCAACAAAAUCUCUGUACUAGCGGUAAAUGUGACGUCAAACACUUCUAAAGGCUCGCCUGCUGUGUCACCAAGACGAAAGCAAAAGCCUCAUCCAGGCCCAAUCAUAAUCCCAGCAUCAGUUAAUAACAAAGUGACCCACUCAGUGACAUUCACGGGCAGCACAACAAGAGCAGUUUCUCCGGUGCGAAUGGAGUACCACAAUGCCCCCAUAUAUACCCCACCUCCAAUGCUUUCGCCCAGAAGUAUUUUCUUCACUGGUACGACCUGUGCAACCCCGAGAUCAGCUGCCCCACUCACCCCAGGGCGGCUACUGUUGAGUAGCAGGCGGCUUAGCACCGCAGAUGGAGUCAAGGAAGAUGUCACUGAUGAAACAAUGCCUAUAUUGGAGCCAAAAAUUAAUGUUGGACCACAAUUUCAAGCAGAUGUUCCAAAAACAAUUGAGCCAAGAGAAAACGCUCAAAAAGACGAGCAUAGAGCCACGCUGAUGUGGGCUCCGUUGAAGGAGGACAAAAAUAAAAAGAAAGAAGUUGAAAACUAUCUCGAUAUGGCCUGUUCAACGGCGUUAUUUGGUGGUUCUUCAAACAAAGAAUACGCUGCGCAUAUUCUUCAUCGGACGCGAGGGAGCAUUAAGGAGGCUGUGCGGCUGUUAUUAUCUCGACGACACAUAUUACGAGCAGAUGAUCCGAAUGCGGACUAUCAUUACACCGGCUCAACUAGAUGGUUCGCCAAAGAGAGAUUAAAAUUCCGCGAAGCAUACAGAACCAAAGGAAAAAACUUCAACCUGAUACAAAAAGAGAUUGGCACAAAAAGCGUCAAACAAUGUGUCGAAUUCUAUUAUCUAUGGAAGGCAACUAAUCGUGAAGGCUUCAGGGCGAGAACAAGAUAUGUUGAAGUUGAAUCUGAACAGGAUGAGGAAGAAACCUCAACACCAUCCGUUUUCGAAACCUCGCAACUGACAGGCCUAACCGAAGCUAGUUUUCAGUGUGAUUACCCACAAUGCAACGCUCGAUUUCCUUCAAGGCAGGCGUUAAACGGCCACAUUCGAGUCCACGGAGGAAGCUUUGGAAAACCUCUCGAAGUAAGACGCACAAAAACAAAACCCCCGGUUAUUAUCACUCCUUCAUUGCACCGAAAUUCAUCAGUUACUCCGCAGAAACGAAAACCGUCUCCAUCACCCGCGUCGCAGCAAAGUACUGGCGCGCCGUCAGAUGGAGUGCCUCUGCAGUUUGCGUGUAAAGUUUGUGGAAGGGUGUUCAGUAAAGUCAAAAGUCGUUCGGCACACAUGAAGACACACGUCCCCAAAAAACCCGACGAACACAAGCGUAUUAAUCCCCCGGCCCUAGUGGCCAAUGCGUAAUUGUUACGACAUCCGCUAUGUCAAACGUUUAUUUACCCCUGUUGUAAUAAAUAAUUUUGCGAUAACAUUGUAUAUAUUUUUAGAGGGUAAUUUAUUCUUUACCGAAGAAAGAGUUACUAUCUUCAAACCGUUGCUUUGGGAGGCUUAAUGGGACAAAUAGAUAAUUUAGCAUGGGAUAAAGCUUUGAAAUUGUCUGUCACUUGGUAUUUUUGUAUGCAUGCAGUUGAAACCGUUAGUAACUACUACUGAAUAGUCUUACAUGUUUAGGGCAGCUAGUUCUAAUUUUUGCUAAAUACUUUGUUUUGGAUGAAGUUAAGGCUAUCAACGUAGGGUAGUUUUUUCUGUGUUUAUUCUUAACCAUGGUGCGCAAUAGUUAAGCUAUGAAGAUGGAGAUAGUUAUGAGAUAAGUUUAAGAGUUGAACUGCUUCAUGGGGCCGAUAAUUGAACGUUAGGAUGCAUAUUCACCGUUAAUCUGGAAUUUGGUACCUCCCCAUGUUUAUAAACUCGUGGAUAGAAGAUACCAGUCCUCAGGGUUGGGAUUACAUGCCAAUAGCCCUUUUGCAGUGUUGCCUUGUUAAAACGUUUGUAGGAAUUUUGAAAAUUUGAGCAAAAUUUUGAAAUUUGGAGCUGUCAAAUUCAGAUGCAAGGUAAACUUUGAUAUGAAAGUGUGCCAUGCUGAAGUCUGUUGUUUACGUAAUAAAAGUUAUCAUGUAGUUUCUAUUUAUGUCAAAUCGAUGACACUUAUUUUUGUGCCUAGUUGUUGACAGUGUAAUCAGAUUGUUUUAGAGAAAGUAAAUUUGUAAAUAAUACCCAACAGGUAUGUCUUAAUUUAAGUUUAUCUUGUAAGGUUAUCAGAAAUCUAGGCAAAAAUUGCUGUUGUUAUAAAAUAAACAAGACCACAAACAAGGGUCUGUUGCAGUGCAGUCUCGUUCUUUCAUGUAUACUUUUGGUAGGCCAAUUUUCCUGGUUUCACUAUCACUGUUGAUUUGUUCCAUUGCACAUGUCUGCCUCCUGAUUCUUUCUCGAAAUUUGUACUGAUGAUUUUGUUAUAGGCAACCAGUUUUCUUUAGUCUAAGGUAUUCGGUAGCGGCGCACCCAUUUUGCUGAGACUUGUGUUUUCUGUACGACAGGGUAUUAGAGAUUUAGAACAAAUUUGAUGCAACAGAUCUUUGUUGAAGUAUCAUUUGUGCAAUUGUGUAAACCUCUGUUUUGGUAAAUAUUUGCAAUUAAGGGUUUAGA